UCGUUGAGCGAAGUUCUCGUGUGCGUAUCGUUUGAGCCGUGUUCGUUCCUUGCAUUAGGCAUCAAGUCUCUUCUUCCACCGACCGUAACCGCGCCGUGUUCUUGCCUCGAAGCCAGUUGAAGCUGAUGCUGAAGAAAUUGUGUGUUUUUUUUUCAAAUCAAACAUCGAACAACAGCAACAAAAACAAAUACACGCUAAUUGGUUUGGUGAUUGAUGAUCACGCAAUUGUGUUAGUGAAAAUAUAGCUGUUUAUCGGGUUGUUUUAUUUUUUGUGUGCUUUGACUAACUAAGCUGAAGUGAGGAGCGUGGAAAUAAGUUAAUCAGCGAAGAAAGUUUGUGCGGCUGAGCAGGGAAACUACUCAGCAACAGAACGCGAAGAAUUUUAUGUGAUUUUCGGCGUGAAUAAAAGUUUGCAAAAUUUCGACCUACAAAAUGCCGACGCUUCAACCCCGUAUAGGAUUUAGCAUUGACUCUAUAGUGGGGAACAGUACUCCCAAGUCGCCGCCACAUCUGAUAAAGAAAGUGGAGCAUUCGCAGCGAUCCCCGAGUCCGCAGUCCUAUUCGGUACGACUGAACAGGCUGCAGAGUCUCUCGCCGCCCCAUAACUACAGCAUAACCCGCCUGCCGGAAUCACCACAGAGCAUCGAGUCGCAAAAUCGCUUGGAACUGCACCCCACGACAAGUCCUGCGCUACAAGCUAGACUGACACCGGAUGAUCUACUACCAACCGGCAAGAGACCACGCAGUUCCUCGCCACCACCGUCACCCUCUGGUUCGAUACCCAACGGUGCCCAUAUGGGUGGGCCAGGUCCCAUCAUGGUACCCGGACUUCCCGCAGGAUUGGUACGACCGUUUCCCGUGAGUCCUCCCCAGCACCCAGCACCACAACAGAAUCCUGACAUCAAGACUCUGCCACCCUUCAUGCAUACCCCCGAGAUGGUACAAGCAGCCCACAAUCAGCACUUUCUUGCCGCACAGUUCCAAGCAGCUGCCCUCGCCCAUGCCCAGGCAGGACAACCCUUCCCACCGCACCCGGCAGCUGCCCAUAUGCACAACCCAAAUCUUCCCCCGCGGGACAGCUACCCUCUGUACCCAUGGCUACUAAGCCGCCACGGUCGUGGUGUGUUCCCCAUCGGAUUCCCAGGCAACUACCUUAUCCCAUUCCGCAAAUCGAAACGCGUUCGAACUGCGUUCUCGCCCUCGCAACUCCUGAAACUGGAACACGCCUUCGAGAGCAACCACUACGUAGUCGGAGCGGAGCGCAAGCAGCUUGCCCAGAACCUCAACCUCUCCGAAACUCAGGUUAAGGUAUGGUUCCAGAACCGACGCACGAAGCACAAGCGCAUGCAGCAGGAGGAGGGCAAAUCGGGGGGCGAAUCGAGCGACCCGAACCGCUCGACCUCGAGUCCGGCGUCCGGAAGCUGCCCGGAGGAGGACGAAGAGGACGAAUUCAUCGAUAUGGACGACUGCCCAAGCGACGAAGAGAACAUGCACCACAAUGCGUGAAGAAGCGAAUGGGCGGAGGAAGCGUUUGGUCGUCGGUCGUCGUCGCAAGCGUUGUUGUGCCAAAUAGACUCCACAGACGGGGAUGAUUGAUUGCGAGAGUGCGUGCCCACCCUGGAACCGCUAGGAUGACGGGGUAGAGGGUUCCUGUCGGAUAAGGGCUUCCCUCGCCGACACUACCAGGAUGAAUCCGUGCGGGGAGAUGAAAGCCAGAGUAUUAGCAUAUGUGCAUUCAGGGGCGGCAAUUGUACCAGUGAUUUUAUUUUAUCUACUUAGAAGUUGUUUUCCAAUUCAUAGCGAGAGAUUUUAGAUAGAUUUUAUCGUAUUGUUUUCCAACCCCCUGAUUCUCGUGAUGUGCCCAAGAUAAACGGUUUGAGCGGUAGAACAAGCUAUUACAAGCGUGUAGAUAGGUAAUCUGUAUUAAAUGUGUAUAUAAUGAGUACUUAAUAGCUAUAUAAUAACAGGAGGCUUAAAUUGACUGUAAUUUAAUUUGUACACUGCUCAUUUUGAAGCAACGAUCGGGUGAUUCGUUCCCGAGCGUUUAAUUCAUCUGCCGGCAGCAGGAAGCCGGGACAGAUGAUGGAUGUAGAUUCAAGGUUGGCAUGCCCAGCGGCGCUCUGUAAUGAUGUAUAAAUGGUAUCGUUAGUAAAACAAUUACUCCUUGUAUGAUUCUCGUGGAAAUUAAAAACAAAAUAUUGAUUAAAAAUAAA